AAGGAACAAAAGUCAGCCAAUCAGAGGGCGGGGCAUGGAGAAGGCUAACUAGCCGAGCGCCGAGAGAGCUGUCAGGAGAAGGAAGAGAUAGUGAAGUUGACAAGGACUUCCAUGGAGAGAAAGUAACUGUAACCAUGAGUAUAGGAAGAGUCUGUGCCCUCAGCUCACCCAUGGCGCUACCAAGAGGGGCGCUAAUAAAGGCAGCCAAAGCAUCGUGAGGGGGAAGCAUUUGCACAGAUAUGGCUGUACCCAUCACUGUCCUGGAUUGUGACUUGCUUCUGUACGGCCGAGGGCAUCGAACACUUGACCGAUUUCGGCUUGAUGAUGUCACUGACGACUACCUGGUAACCACUUAUGGCUUUCCCAGGCCAUUUAUUGAUUACCUUGUUGAUUUGUUGGGGGGCAGUCUAUCUCGACCUACACAGCGUUCUCGUGCAAUCAGCCCAGAGACUCAGAUCAUGGCUGCUCUUGGAUUCUAUACCUCUGGAUCCUUCCAGACUCGCAUGGGGGAUACAAUAGGAAUCAGUCAAGCUUCCAUGAGUCGCUGCGUGACUAAUGUCACAGAGGCUCUGGUGGAGAGGGCUUCCCAGUUCAUCUCCUUCCCUAGAGAUGAAAGAUCAGUGCAAAGACUGAAGGAUGAAUUUUACAAUCUGGCAGGGGUUCCUGGAGUAUUGGGGGUGGUAGACUGCACUCAAGUGAAUAUUAAAGCCUCAAAUUCAGAGGACUUGUCCUAUGUAAACCGCAGAGGCCUUCACUCCUUAAACUGCUUGCUCGUGUGUGAUGCCCGGGGCUCUCUGUUAUGGGCUGAGACCAGUCGCCUGGGAAGCAUGCAGGAUAAUGCCGUUCUUCACCAAUCAGAACUCUACAGCCGGUUUGAAACCAAAAUGCACAAACAGGGCUGGCUACUAGCGGAUAACGCCUUCAUUCUACGACCUUGGCUGAUGACACCGGUGCAGUUACCUGAAAGCCCCUCAGACUAUCGCUACAAUAUGGCACACACCGCCACGCAUAGUGUAAUGGAACGUACACAGCGAUCCCUUCGGCUCCGUUUUCGUUGCCUUGAUGGGUCCAGGGCCACCCUGCAGUACUCCCCUGAAAAGUCUGCCCAGAUUGUAUUGGCAUGUUGUAUUUUGCAUAAUAUUGCUCUGCAGCACGACCUGGAUAUUGUCAGUGAGUCUGGGACAAGCAGUCUGGAACCCGAUGAAGAAUGUGUCCACAUGGAACCAUUAGAGUCAGAGGCUUACCGCAUGAGGCAGGAGCUCAUCCUAACACAUUUUAGUUGAUGAUGAACUCCAAGGGGCAUAUUUUGUUAUAGUGCGUAACCCAACGUCAACAGUGAUGUUGCUCAUAGCAAUCAGAUCUUUGCUUUUGGUUUCUAAAUUGUAGGUGACCGGCAUUAUCACCGUUGAUGUUGGCUUACACACCAUAAUAAAUAUGCCCCCAAAUGUACUGUUUCCAUUGCUCCCAACAAAUGCAAUUGGCAGAGCUUUUGUUAGUGCCACUAUUUCUUUUAUUAUGUUAGGGAUAUCGAAACCUUACAUUUCUG